CCCAACCUCUUCCAGUCCCACCAAGCAUCUCAGAGGAUCUUGAGGAGGAAGAAGAGCAGUGAGCCUGGUCCUUUGGGCUUGAUCCUCCAGGGAGGUGUGAACCAGGCUCUAUGAGGAUGCUGCAGCUCAUGUAGGGACUGACCACAGCAGCUCAACCCCCCCAUCUGAAUGGCAACUCUUCACUGCUGGUGCUUGCCCUGCCUUGUGAUCGAUUUGAGGAGGAAGAAGCCUGUGUGCAUUCACAUUGGGAUAUCCAGGGAUCACCAUGCAUUGCAGGGCUGACCUGCCCUGAUCCAGAAGCUAUGCAGCACUCAGCCUCUGCUCUCCUUGGCUUGGUGAAGGUUACCUGCUCCUCCUAGAAGAUACAGCUUAGUUCCUAAGGAGUUACAGUGCCACUUUGAGCUGUGUGCACUGGCUGGCACCCUACACCCUCUACCCCCUCCUCCCCAGCUCGCCUUGGCAUUUGCUUUGGUGGAUGUGUAUGCAUGACUUCUGCACCGAAUGGGCGCAAAAAUCGCCCCAGGUCACAGGGAUCGAUCUUCCAAGUCGGCAGCAAAUCUGUCCCCCGAGAUCUUGAUCGCAGGGGGAGCUCGGAGAGCGCCCUCAAGUCCCAGAGAACCCUGGACCACUGCAAGAUGGUGGGUACAGAAAGACCAAAUAAUGCUUGUCCAGGAUUUCAACACCCAGGUGGCUUUGUAUCGCGAAUUAGUCAUAUCCAUUGGGGACAUGUCAGUAAGCUGUCCCUCCCUACGGGCUGAAAUGCAGAAAACUCGAACCAAAGGCUGUGAGAUGGCUCUCCAGGCACACCAAAAACUCUCCGCAAUCUCUGGAGCAGAAGAUGGGGAAAUCCACCCUGAAAUCUGCAGGCUUUAUAUUCAGUUGCAGUGCUGCCUAGAAAUGUAUACGACCGAAAUGCUGAAAUCUAUGUGUCUUCUAGGGUCCCUGCAGCACCAGCGGAAAGGAAAAGAGCAUUGUGCCGGUCCAAAGAUCAUAGACUACAAAACAGAUGAGAGCUCAGAAGUUCCAAUCCUAGAAGAUACGUCUUCAUCACCAGUGGAUGUCCAGUACUGUUGGCAGGUUUCCACAGACAUUGAGAACACAGAAAGAGACAUGAGGGAAAUGAAGAACCUCUUAAGCAAACUCAGGGAGACCAUGCCUUUGCCAUUAAAAAACCAAGACGACAGUAGCCUCCUCAACUUGACACCUUUUCCACUCGUCAGAAGAAGAAAGAGAAGAUUCUUUGGAUUGUGUUGCCUCAUCUCCAGUUAAAAAUAAAGAAAAGCCAUUCUUUCUGCAGAUACGUUAUAAUUUGACCUUUGCCGUCAUAUAUCGUAUUGAGGUUGGUUAAUUCAUUAUGUAUUCAGUGUUGCCUAAACUGCCUUGUUUCAAGACUUGUAGAGUUUGGAGAUGAACACCAUCACCGGUAGAGCAACCAGCAAGUGCGAGGAAGCCAUCAGCGAUCAGCUGGAUAUGGUGUAAGAGACUUUCUGAACACGCCGAUGUUCAUGGCAUACAAUAAAUAUGCAAACCGCUUUGAUGUCCUAGUAUUGUGCUAUAGGAAAACCAUUCCAUCGGCAUCACAAUGGAGGUUAACUAUGGAUAAUAGUGACAACAAUUAUUAUGCGAAUAUUGAUGUAUCAAGGCCAAUAACUGUACUUUUGUAUUUUUGGUUCUUUCUUUCUUGUCUCAAUCAUACUUAGUCUUCCACAAUGCAUCAGGAUUUUGUCCAGAACCUCAGCCAAGUUUCUAACCUACUAACUAGAGGAUGAAAAUAUUUAUGGCUUGUACAUAUAUCGUAAUCUUGAUGACGAUCAUCAGUAUUUUCCUUUCAAUCGAAUCGUGUGAUUUUCACAAUUUUGAAGAGGUUAUACAUAUAUAUAUAAAUAUAUAUAUAGUGUAUUCAAUUUCCUAAAAUAUAUCCUCAUGACCUAGAAAGACAGUCUACCAUAUAUUGUUACUAUAGGAAGUUGAAGCAUGGUGUCUGCAUAUUGACAUAGUGUUAAAUCUGAUAGGGCAUGCCAGAGUUAGCUCAGACUGAAAUAUACCCUACAUUUUACAUUGUUAAUAAAAAAUUUUUAGUUAAA